AUGGUCAUCGGGAGGCCGAGCCCGCGCCGGUGCAGGAGCGGGCCGCCGCCGCCGUCGACGCUACUGCGCACGGUGUUGCUGUGGCUGCUGGCGCCGCUCCGACAUGGUGCCAUACGGGAUUCCGGACGCCCCGCUUGCGCCACCGCGCGGGCCGACGUCGACGACGUGGAGGUCGAGAACUUGGAGGCCAGUGCGCAGUCGUCGAGCUUCGUGCCCCGCGCCCGCCUCCAGAGUGCGGCCGCAGCCGCGGUCCGUGCUGCCAUGUUGCAGCGCGCCGAGACCGACGGUGAGCACGACGCCGAGGGCGGCGCCACAUCCCAGCCCACCCUCCUCGGUCGGAUCCAGCAGGCCCAGUGGCAAGCGGCCCGAACUGCGGGCGUCACGGCCGACCGCAUCUGUUACAGUCCUGAGUGCGGCGGCUCUGGCACCCAGACGGCUGGCAGCCACGGCGCGUUGGCCGCUGCGCCUCCAGCAGAGCCUCUGGCAUGCGCCCCUGCUGCUGAUGCCGCACCGCAGCCAGAGGGUGAGCUGCGCGUGCCAGAGGCCGCGGAGGCCGAGCACCAGGUGGCAGCUGAGGCACAAGCCACCGCCGCGGUCGUGUCCUUGGAUGCCACGUGCCAGGCGACGGCAUGCCGGACUGCGCGGCCCAGGCGCCGCGCCGCCGCUGCGCGCCAGGCCGCGGCCGAGGCGGAUCGCCAGGCCGCAGCCGAGCUCCAGGCCGCCGGGCGCCAGGCCGCAGAGCGCCGGGCGGAGCCCGAGCGGCUCGAGGAGGCAGCGCGCUGUGACAAGGCCGAACGCCAG